AUCAGUACAGAAUGCAAUGAAACGAAAAUCAACGUAACGUGCAGAAUUAUUUAAUCAGCACCAGAGGCCCCCUGGAAACGCCUCAAACAAAAGGAAAAGCGACAACAAAAAAACAAAAGACAAAAAAAAAAACAAUGGGAGGAGGAGAAAACUACGUAUAGAAAGUAAUAAUAGAAAACCAAUGUACCUGCAACAAUGAAAUUGAGCAAAUCUUAAACAACAAACAAAAAACCAAAACCCAAAAACCGAAAAAACCAAAAAAUCACCUGGAUAAAGAUUACUUUUAAAAAUAUACAAAGACACUCGCUAUAUACAAAAGUGCUAUAGAACAUAUACUCGUAAUCGAUAGGCAAUACAUAUACGCUCUAACUACCCAUUUAAACCGUAGUUCGUUGACGUUUGUUCACUGCUGGAGGAUACCGAUAACGAUACCGAUAAGGAUAGCGAUAGCGAUAGCGAUAGAGAGUACCCCCCAGUCAAUCGUUGGAUUGGAUCGUAGAGUAAUGGAACUAACCUCGUAGUUUGUAGAGAGACGUGCGUCUCUGCAAGUAGGAAGCAAAUCAAAUACUCGUAGCCGCAACAUUAACGCACUUAACGACUAACUAAAACUACCAAGUAGUUGCCUCUCUUAUACAAUAUAUAUAAUAUAUACACCUAAAAGAUAUAUACAAGAUACCUAGCUGUAGCCGAACAUAUACGCCAAUCUAUAUAUAUAUAUAUCUACCUACAUAUAUGGAUUUAUUUUUAUAAUGUCGCUCCGGUGAGCAUCCUCCGAACCACUCCCACUCCCAGUCGCAGUUACAGCCCCAGUCCUCGACCUAGGCCUUUCAAAUUGCAUCUGAAUAAGUAACGAGGUCGAUUAAUGCAUUAAUUGGGUGGCGAAGGACACCACACUACAGCACAGCGCCUCGCCAAGCCCCUCCAAGGAGGGACCAACCGGUCCGCUCCGGUCCUUGCCCCCGCCCAGCCGCAUCCUUUCUCGCUCGCGUGUCGCUCGUGCUAGAAUCCAAGGAGAGAUACGCGAACACAGCCACACACACACAGACACAUUAGAUAUAUAAAUACAUAUAUAAGCAAAACUACCUGCUUUGGGUUUCCUGUGUGGCGCCUGCCUUGACGUAACUUUGGCCGUACAUACGACAGCUGUAGAGGAGGGACUAGCACCGAAACGCCUUAACCUGAGUCACUUCCAUUGCUCCACAGAGCGACCGCAUCGCCAGAAAGCCAAACCUUGCCCGCUGUGCGUUCAUUAAACUUUCAUGACCAAACAUUAAAUUGCAAAGAGCAAAAGGAAGUAGAAGUGGAAGAGGAAGACGAAAAGGAGAUAAGAGAAGCAACCUCCCAUUACGAUUCCAUAGCAUACAUUUCGGAGUAAGGAAACUAAGCCAGAGUGAAAACUCUCCAUCCUCCCCCGGCUCAGUUGUUGUUGUUUGUUUGUGAUACAUUAUUCACCGAUCCGGAUCUGGAUCUUGAUCCCGGCUAUCCACUUCAGUCCUUCUUGUUAUUCGGCCCUAGCUCCAGCUCCAGUUCCAGCCCCACCAUCACCUUAUACACCACCAAAAAAUAUUAAAAAAAAACAAUAACGAUACCGUAGAGGGAAAACGACAUUUAUAAUCCAAAGUACAAACGAAUAACCCCAAACAACGCUGCAACUUCAACUAAACUAUAAAUAGUAACAUAUGGUAUUAUUAUACAUAAAACCCAGCAGAAAUAAAGUGUACAUCUGUACACCCGUUAGACACAUAACCUGAAGCAAACACCCGCAUAACGAAUAACGAAUCGAAUCGAAACGGAACGAAACGAGACGUGUACAACCAACCGAAAGCAAUACAAGCAAGUGCUGUUAACUAUUUUAGGAGCUACCUUUUAGACCUACGUUCAACCUACGUUACUUAAUACCCAAGAACCCACCAACACACCGAAUCCCAAGCCCGAAACCUAGGCAGGAGGACGACCAUCAGCUGGCAAUACAGUGAGAGUGAAACAGAUAGAGUAACACAACGAAAAGCAAUUUAUUUCGACGUUGGACCUGUGUUAGUUAAUGCCAAAAAUCGAAACGGAAGUUGCACACACACACACCCUCUACACUCCACACCAACACCACAUACCAUCUGGUACACCCACACCUAAAACAUGCCCAUCACAGUGCUAAGAAUUGCAUCAGUCAUCGCGGGGCGUCCAUUAUAGAAACGGAAUACCCGCGCACACAAAAAUCAAAAACACCAACAGCCAUCACAUCAGAAGUUUAAGGGUAACUGUUACGGAUAGAGGACGACGGAUAACGGGUAAAAGUCGAAAGUGGCGAGCGAGAGGGCGAAACUUCACCGUUACUCAAUGUGGUGCUAGUGGUGGCGACGAGACGGCGGCGGUGGUGACAGAAAAUGCACGUGAAACACACUCAGCGCCGAGUCAGCGGUCCUGGAGCAUUCGGAACCUUUACCAACGAUCAACGUGCUAGCCGCGACAACUUGUUCCCCGACGACCAUCAGCAGCAGCAACAGCAGCAGCAGCCUCCUCAGCGCCACUCGCACUCGCACCAGCACUUGGUGCGGCAGUCUCUAAGCAGUCUCAGCCACGGGCAGGCGUCAUCCGGAUCCGGGCCAGCGGGGGAUGAGCAGCGGGCCCACCAGCAGCAGCAGCAGCAACAGCAACAGCAGCAGCAGCAGCAACGCCAUCGCAGCAGCAGCAGUCGGCUCUCGAGCGGCAUCUCGAAACAGAACUCCAGCGAUAGCCGCAGUGGACUGCGCAUCCUCGAUAGCCACAGUCCGGUCAGCUGCGGCACGCACAGCGUGAGCAGCACUGGCGGCCACUCGGCGCUCUACGAUGCCUGCCACGAGUACACGCGCAGCUUGAGUGCAGCUCCAACAGGCGACACAGGAUCGGGUGCGGGCAUAUCGUUGCUGAAGGGACACUACAGUGACCAGCAGCUAGCGCAGCCAGAGCCAGAUCCAGAGCCAGACCCGGAGCGAGACAGAGAUCGGGACAGAGACAGGGAGAGACGACAUCUGACGAAUCUCAAUCUAAAUCUGAACAGCGAGUACGACUACAGCGGAAGCGACAAGCAGCAGCUGGUGAACGAGACGUACAUCUUCAAGUGCAUAGCCAAUAGUCCGUCGUUUCUGCGCACCAACAAGAUCAAGGAGCAGUCCAAGAAGCUGCGCAAUCUCUCUCUGAAGACGCGCACGGCCAAGAAGAAGGGUCAGAUCAUCUCGAAGUCGAACGCGGUGUCGGAUAACUCGCUGCAUCCGGGCGACAAGUACCUCAACUUGUAUCUGGUGGAGAAGAAGCACUCGCUGCAGCCACAGGCAACAUCCACAUCCACGUCCACCUCCAAUCCGCACUCUGCCUCCGCCCCGGCCAGCUCAUCCUCCUCAUCCACGGCGACAACUGGGCGUCAGCAGCAGCAGUCGCAACAGCUGCCAGCACUCUCCGCGGUUGCCGCACGCCAGCAGCAGCUGCUACUCCAGAACGGAUCGCUGAAGAGCAAGACGAAGACCUUCCCGGCGCACAGGGCGUCCGUGAAGAGCGAGAGUGAGUAUCGCGGGAGCGGCAGCAGCACCAUUCCGACGACGGGCAAGAGUCCGCCGGUGCCGCACUCGCUGGCGGCCAAGAUAAGCAGCGGCAAGAACUGCAAUCAGCUGCAGAGCGCCGGCAACAAGCAGCUCAGCGUCAGCAGCAACUCAUGCCACAAGCUGCAUGCCCACGGACACGGAACCGGACACGGACACGGCCAGUACGCGGGAGCACAAGCACACCAUUUGGCCUCAUCGCCCAAGAGCUCGGUGUCGAGCAACGGACACCUGAACAAGUACUGCCUGACAGACAUCACACGCCGCAAGGCUGAGUUCAAUCGCCAGCUGAGCGCCCCCACGGACUACACGCAUCACUCCUCCAGCAACGGGUCCCAGCAGGAGGGCUCCUCCGAGGCUGCCAAUGAGGCUGUGGGCGAGUCAACCAUCACUGUAGCCAGUGCGGGAGUUUUGGGAAACGGCGCCGGCCACGGCUAUCCCUACAUCCAUCACGCCUCGGCCACAGCGCCGGCCAAUCUCAAGGCAUCGCUGCAGCUGCACAACUUCGGUGUCCACCAUCCGUACCCGUAUCCGUCGCGUCCCACGUCCACCUCGUGCACGAACAGCUUCAACCGCCGCCACAUUCGACGGCACAAGAGCAAACUCGGCGAACGUGUGCUGAGCGGCGAUAGUGAGGAAUCGGUGCGCUGCUCGUACUGCUCCGUCUUGAAUGUGAAUGAGAACGACUUGCGGAUUUCGUUUGAAAACACCUGCACCGACUCGCUGGUCACCGCUUUCGAUGAUGAGGCACUGCUAAUAUGCGACCAAGGAACCGAAAUGGCAAGAGCAAAGGUACACUUUGAUGACGUGUCGUUAUACGGCACUCCGAAAGAGGAGCCGAUGCCGAACAUACCGAUCGUGUCGGAAAAAGUCUCUGCGAAUUUCCUAAAAAGUCAAUUGCAAUCAUGGUUCCAGCCGACGGACAAUCGUCUGGCCAUGAAACUGUUUGGCAGCCGCAAGGCAUUGGUCAAGGAGCGCAUACGUCAGAAAACUUCCGGUCAUUGGGUCAUACACCCGUGCAGUUCAUUCAGGUUUUACUGGGACCUUUGCAUGCUUUUAUUAUUAGUAGCAAAUCUUAUUAUCCUGCCAGUCGCAAUAUCAUUCUUCAACGAUGAUCUGAGCACACGAUGGAUUGCCUUCAACUGCCUAAGUGAUACUAUUUUUUUAAUAGAUAUUGUAGUCAAUUUUAGAACAGGAAUUAUGCAACAAGACAACGCUGAACAAGUAAUAUUGGAUCCAAAGCUUAUAGCUAAACACUAUUUAAGAACUUGGUUUUUUCUCGAUUUGAUUUCGUCGAUACCGCUAGAUUAUAUAUUUUUAAUUUUCAAUCAAAUUAUGAAAUUGCAGGAUUUCUCUGAUUCUUUUCAAAUUUUGCAUGCCGGACGAGCACUGCGCAUCCUGCGGCUAGCUAAACUACUCUCCCUCGUCCGCCUGCUCCGGCUGUCCCGCCUCGUGCGCUACGUAUCCCAAUGGGAGGAGGUCUAUAUUCUGCAGAAUCUACAGAAAAAAAGUGCUGAUCGCAGAGGGAGAAUGCACAGAAAAGACAAAGAUGGCUUGACAAAAAGCAACCUAAUUCUCAAGUUCCUCAAUAUGGCCUCGGUGUUCAUGAGGAUCUUCAAUUUAAUUUGCAUGAUGCUCUUGAUCGGACACUGGAGCGGUUGCUUGCAGUUCUUAGUGCCAAUGUUGCAGGGUUUUCCAUCGAACUCCUGGGUAUCCAUCAACGAGUUGCAGGAAUCCUACUGGCUGGAGCAGUAUUCGUGGGCAUUGUUCAAGGCCAUGUCGCACAUGCUGUGCAUAGGCUACGGCAGAUUUCCACCACAAUCACUGACAGACAUGUGGCUGACGAUGCUGUCGAUGAUAUCCGGCGCCACGUGUUACGCAUUGUUCCUGGGUCAUGCGACCAAUCUCAUCCAGAGCUUGGACUCCAGCAGGCGACAGUAUCGCGAGAAGGUCAAACAGGUGGAGGAGUACAUGGCCUACCGCAAGCUGCCGCGCGACAUGCGACAGCGCAUCACGGAAUACUUCGAGCAUCGGUACCAGGGUAAAUUCUUCGAUGAAGAGUUAAUCCUUGGCGAGUUGAGCGAGAAAUUGCGCGAGGAUGUCAUUAACUACAAUUGCAGAUCCCUCGUGGCGUCAGUGCCUUUUUUUGCUAAUGCCGAUUCGAAUUUCGUUUCCGACGUAGUUACCAAACUGAAAUACGAAGUUUUCCAACCAGGUGAUAUUAUCAUAAAGGAGGGUACGAUCGGUACAAAAAUGUACUUCAUACAGGAGGGCGUGGUGGACAUUGUCAUGGCUAAUGGCGAGGUUGCCACCUCACUAUCGGACGGAUCUUACUUCGGUGAGAUCUGUCUGCUGACCAAUGCGCGUCGUGUGGCCAGCGUGCGAGCCGAAACCUAUUGCAAUCUAUUCUCGUUGAGCGUGGAUCAUUUCAAUUGCGUGCUGGAUCAGUAUCCGCUGAUGCGCAAGACCAUGGAGACUGUGGCCGCCGAGCGGUUGAACAAGAUCGGCAAGAAUCCAAACAUAAUGCAGCAAAAGGACGAGCAGCUGAGCAAUCCCGAGUCGAACACUAUUACGGCCGUGGUGAAUGCCCUGGCUGCCGAGGCCGAUGAAUGCAAGGAUGACAGUGACAUGGAUCUCAAGGAGAAUUUACUGCAUGGGUCAGAGUCGAGCAUUGCUGAGCCGGUGCAAACGAUACGCGAGGGUCUGCCCAGGCCUCGGAGCGGGGAGUUUCGUGCCCUGUUCGAGGGCAAUACCCCAUGACACUGAGCCGCGGCGAUGACGAUGGCGAUCACGAUGAAGAGCGGUGCUGGCGGGCAUCGAGCAUCCAUAUGAAAGGCAGUUUUGCAGGACACACACUCACCCACACCCACACACACACACACUGACACAUGCGUAUAUAAUAAUUUAGUAAAUGAAAACCCCCGAGAGGAAGCGAUAAGAGAAGAGUACACUAAAAAAAGAAUCAAUUUACGGUAGACACUCUAUAUAUGCAAUUGCAAUUUAGUAGAAAAACAAUUAAAAACGAAAAAAAUCCAAAAAAAGAACAAAACAAUUACACAAAAAUGUCCUCAAUAAUUAUUCAUAAUUUCAGCUCCGCUAACUGUGAUGACUUUAAUAUAAGAAUCGAAAAAAAACCAAAAAAAAAAACAAAAAAAAACAAUUACAUACAAAUAUAAAUUAUAUGAUAGAGAAGACAGAUCCGAAUCAGAUCCACACAGAUGCAGCCCCCACACCGCCAUAGAAGAGUUUGCCACACACACACACACACUCACAAAACACACACACCAAUACACAGAGAGAGACAUACCUUAUAGGGAAUCUACAUCUAAGUUUUAUGCCCACGAUAUUGUAACGAUUACAAAGUGCGUAGACUUUUGUUAAUUGCUACACCUAGGCGUUAGUCCUAUGGACCUACUACAGAUAUACAACCACACCCACAACACCACACUCCACACACCUGUAGAGUGGAACAGGGUAAACAGACAGACAGACAGACAGACAGACCAACAGAUCCGCAGACACGCAUCAACUUAUGAUAUAAAUGAAACGAAGGAAAGCGUGAAGAAGGCAUACCAAAACAUAUUUAUGCGCGUAGCUAUUAUGUACUCGAGCAACCAACAAAACAAACAAACAAACAAAACAAACAAUUAUGUAUUAUUGCGAUUAUAUAGCAUAUUUAAAUACGCAUUGCAAAAUGGAAAACAACAUAACUCAGCAAUAUACAAGAAAACAAAAACAAAAAGUAUUUAAGCAACAAAUUUAACGAAUGCGCAUUAGUAGUUGAACUAUUAGUUUUUCACUCACUAAACAAAACUAACAAAACAAACAAACAACAAAUAACACCACUCGACACACAACGUAGUAGAGAAGCCUCAACAAAAACAAAAAACAAAACAAAAAUACGAGUAUGUUAAAGAGAAAACCAACCUCAGGGUGCCGUCGUUUCAGCGGUCACCAGCCGAAAAAAAAACAAAACAAAAACAAACAAAAAAAAGGAAGAACAGACAAGAAACCAACUAUAUACACGACAUAUAUAUACAA